AUGAAGAAAUUGUGGUAUCUAUGUUUUCUUUCUAUAGUCAUAGCUUAUCAAUCACUUGCGGAUAAAGAGUGUCCGCCUUGUUUUAACUGCUUAUUGCCUGGCUUUGAAUGUCUUCAUUUUGCCAAUUGUUCAGAAUAUGAUGGCAAGUGUCAAUGUCCCAUUGGUUUCACAGGCGAUGACUGUAAACAGCCAUCAUGUGGUGCACUCUCCGAUGGAAACAAACGUCCUCCCCGAGAAAACAAUCAUUGUGAUUGUCCAGAGGGUUGGGAAGGAAUCAAUUGCAAUGUCUGUCAAACAGACUCAGUGUGCGAUUCCCUUGUGCCUACUGGAAAGAAUGGAAGCUGCUACAAAAAUGGAAUAACAGUAUUUGAGAACUACCAAAUGUGCAAUGUGACAAAUAGAAAGAUACUAGACCAACUGAAAGGCCAAGUGCCUCAAGUUACCUUUUCUUGCAAUAAGCAACGAGCCAACUGUGGUUUUCAAUUCUGGAUUGACGAAAUCGAAUCAUUUUAUUGUCAUUUAAGUGCAUGCACAUUCGAUCAAAAAUAUGGAUUUGACAAGAAUUCAACUGAAUACGCAUGUCAAAACAUUGAAUGCCGUUGUAUCAAAGAUGAAAUACUUUGCGGCAAAGAUGGUUCGAUCGAUAUAACAGACCUUUUGAGGGAUCAAAUCAAAGGCCCAGCGUCUUUUGACUGUACAAAUACAAAGUGUGCGUUUUCAGAACCUGCUAUGGAUGAUUUGAUUUCUUCUGUAUUUGGUGAUGACUCUAUCUUUUUAGGCUGCCUUAGUGGCGAAUGUUUGCAU